UUUGAGCAUCCUGAUCAUGUAAUCCCAUCCAUUAGAUACGACGGGGUGCAGAAUUUAGUUAUUGUUUGCUGCCAUUCCAUUUUCCAUCCCGAUGCUUCCUCUUCCAGCUUUCCUUUGUAUAGCCCGUAUGAUGAGCGCAAUUGGCAUCUUGCUCCUUUCCAGGAAUCGAAUCCUAACACAGCCAAGCCUGGAGAGCAUGAAACAUUUCUCGCCCAUCUCACCGCCGGUCUGGACGCGCUGACUGUUGGUUCGUGGGCCGGCAACACUCUUCUCAUCCUCAGCGGCGGUGUCACAAAGCGCCCCCUCACGCCUCUCAGUGAAGCUCGUUCUUACUACAAUGCUGCCCUCGUCCAGGCGAUGUUGCACGGCCAUCGACACGGUGGUCGUGCUCGGAAGCUGUUCGACCAAGGCCGUCUACUACUAGAGGAAUACGCCACCGACUCUUACCAGAAUCUGCUCUUCAGUAUCGUGCUUUUCCGGCAGACAACGGGAGUCUACCCAAAAAACAUCCGUAUCAUCACCCAUGCUUUCAAAGCUAAAAGGUUUCUCGAAUUGCAUGCGCGAGCUAUUGGGUGGGAACCCGAUCGAAUAAGAGUGCAGGGUAUUGACCCCGUCAUGUCCGGCGCCGAGUAUGAGGACACUGUCAGAGGCGAAGAACGCUUCGGCUACGCACCUUGGUUAGAGGACUCUCACGCAACUGGAGAUCUCUUAAGCCGCAAGAGGAAGCAGCGUGGAUGGGUGGAAGAAACAUCGCAAGAGCUUGGAGAGGGCCUGGAAUGGAGCGUCAGAUGUUUACUCAGUGGC